UAUAUUCACAUGGUUUGAAAGGGUAUCCAUGUUGAUAAUCCUUUUAAAUUGUAUUACAUUAGGGAUGUAUCAACCAUGCAGUGACAACACGCAUGAAUGUAAUACAAACAGAUGUAAAAUAUUACAGGGAUUCGAUGAUUUUAUUUUCGCAUUUUUUUGGUUAGAAAUGACAAUAAAAAUGGUUGCAAUGGGUGUAUAUGGUAAAGGUACAUAUUUAGCAGAUUCAUGGAAUCGUUUGGAUUUUUUCAUUGUAUUAUCGGGUGCAUUAGAAUAUUGUUUAAAUGUUGAAAAUAUGAAUUUAUCAGCGAUACGAACAAUACGUGUUUUACGUCCAUUAAGAGCUAUCAACAGAAUACCAAGUAUGCGUAUAUUAGUAAUGUUAUUAUUAGAUACAUUACCUAUGUUGGGUAAUGUGUUACUCCUAUGUUUUUUUGUAUUCUUCAUCUUUGGUAUUGUUGGUGUACAAUUAUGGCAAGGUAUAUUACGUCAACGAUGUUAUCUUCGACCGCCUGAUGAUUGGCAAUAUCCACCUGAUCUAUCACGUUACUACACAUUUUCACAGGAACAAGAGUAUAUCUGUACACGUGGUGAUAAUUCUGGUAUGCAUGCGUGUGCGGAUUUACCACCGUAUAAACAUGGUAAAAUGGUAUGUAAUGGUACAGCGAUACCUGGCUCAUCAAAUGAACCAACCAAUACAUCAUGUGUUAAUUGGAAUCAAUAUUAUACGGAAUGCGUGGGGAAUGGAGAUAAUCCAUUUCAAGGGACAAUAUCAUUUGAUAAUAUUGGUUUAGCAUGGGUUGCGAUAUUUUUGGUUAUUUCACUGGAAGGUUGGACGGAUAUUAUGUAUUAUGUUCAAGAUGCGCAUAGUUUUUGGGAUUGGAUUUAUUUUGUUUUAUUAAUUGUGAUUGGUUCAUUUUUUAUGAUAAAUCUAUGUUUAGUCGUAAUUGCUACACAAUUUAGUGAAACAAAAAAACGUGAAAUGGAACGUAUGAGAUUAGAGAGGGAACGAUUUCGAUCAACUAGUACACUAGCAUCAAGUACAAAUAAUAGCGAACCGACCACCUGUUACGCAGAGAUAGUCAAAUACAUUGCCCACUUGUGGCGUCGUGGCAAACGUCGUAUACUUAAGAAAUAUCGAUUAUAUAAGUAUGAACGACAACAGCGUCGUGAACAAAAAGCAAUCGAAGCCGGUAUUCAACCGCAUCAGGAAAUCUCGUCAAUGUUAAAUGUUGGUCAUCGUAAGAUUAUGUUUCAUCAUCCGGCAUGUCCACGCAUGACAAAUAAACAAGUAUCUGUAACAACACAAGCAAUAACCGUACAACAACCAUUACAAUCAAUAAGUUGUACUGCUGUUUCCGGUUCCACAUCCACUGGUGGAGCUGUUGGAGGUGUUGGUGGAGGAGGAGGUGGGAAUGUUGGUCUAGGUGGUGUUGUAGAAACUAUAUCAUCAUCAUCACAUGUACAUAACAACAAUACAACAAAUAAUAAUAAUCGUACAACGGUGGUGACUGGAUCAACAAUGGUGGGUGCGAGCGGUGCUCAUGAUAUGAGUGGAAGUGCAACAGGAAGUAAUCAUAAUGUAAUCGGAAUACAACCAAGUAGUUGUAGUCCACAUACAGCUGGACCACCAUCAUCGAAUGAUAUCAUUGUAUUACAAUCAUCAUCAACAACGGAUGGUAUUGAAACAGCUAUCACAACUCGACGACCAGGAUUAUUACGUGUACCAUCGACAUCGACCACUGAUUCUAUGUUAAAUGAUGUAACAUUACAAUUGUUAUCGCCACCAUCACAGGCUGCAGCUCGAAGACGUUCAUCUGUCAUGUUUAGUGACAUAGUUUUAUUACAUGGUGGAAAUGGUGCUGUAAGUACUGGUGGUGGUGGGAGCUCUCCGGGAAGUGGUUCACUACCACAAAAUUCUGUAUUAAAUCCUGGAAACAUAACAAAUUCAACAGCUGAACGUAAUGUGUGUUCUAGUGAAAAAAUGACACAAACUGGUGAUGGAAACAUAUGGCAAAUAUCACCUACAAUACCAACCUCAACACCUGGUGGUAAUCUAAAUACGACCACAAUAGCACCACUAAAUCAAACGGGUACUGGUGUCACGGAAUAUUGUGAAUUAAAUAAUGGUGAAACAAUGACAUGCCAAGAACUAUUAGCGCUGUCUGGUGCUUUAUCUGCAGCCUUACCCACUGGUCAGAUUGCAUUAGAUUCAUUUUUUAAUUCACUAACAAAAGGUAUUAAUACAACUCAAUUAUCUUCUUCACAAGUAAAACAAAAUACCGGCAGCGGCCAACCAGUGCCAACGAAAAUGUAUUUAACAUCACAAUCACAAUAUCCAAUAAUUGAAGAAGAUUUUUCUUGUUGCCAAGAAUUGUAUGAAUGGGAAAUCGAAAAACGACAACGUCGAUCGAAACGCAUACAAAAGUUAUGGUGUUGUUGUCGAGGAAUAAGUAAAUUUUUACGUUGUUGUAAACGUUCUAUUAAAUCGUUAGUGGAACAGAAAUAUUUUCAACAGGGCAUUUUAUUAGCCAUUUUAAUUAAUACAUUAUCAAUGGGUAUUGAGUAUCAUAAUCAGCCGGAAAUGUUAACACAUAUUGUGGAGAUAAGCAACAUUGUGUUGUCAGCAUUAUUUGCUGUUGAAAUGUUGUUAAAAGUGAUUGCGGAAGGUCCAUUUGGUUAUAUUUCGAAUGGUUUUAAUGUAUUUGAUGGAAUUAUCGUUAUUUUAAGUGCCGUUGAAUUAUGUCAAUCAUUUCUUCAUGGUGAUCGUGAAAGUUCUGGUUUAUCUGUAUUACGUACAUUUCGUCUUUUACGUAUAUUAAAAUUAGUACGUUUUAUGCCGAAUUUACGUCGACAAUUAUUUGUUAUGUUGCGUACAAUGGAUAAUGUUGCUGUAUUCUUUUCAUUACUAAUUUUAUUCAUUUUUAUAUUCAGUAUCCUCGGUAUGAAUCUAUUCGGUUGCAAAUUCUGUGAACGAGAUACCAUGGCCGAAGGUGGUGAAUGUGAUCGAAAAAACUUUGAUUCUCUACUUUGGGCACUCGUUACUGUAUUUCAGAUAUUAACACAAGAAGAUUGGAAUAUGGUAUUGUCAAAUGGAAUGGCAAAAACAAGUCAUUGGGCAGCAUUGUAUUUUGUAGCACUUAUGACAUUUGGAAAUUAUGUUCUAUUUAAUUUAUUGGUUGCCAUCUUGGUGGAAGGAUUUAGUUCAGAACGUAAUGAGCGACGAGAACGAGAACAGCGGGAAUUAGCUAAAUCAAAAUUAUCACAAGAGUGUUAUCAUAGUGAUCCAAAUGAUAUGAGCUAUGAUGAUUCGAGAUCGAUAUCGGAGUCUAGUGAUAGUUUUCCUCAUGGUGUGAAAAAUACCUGGCGUUCAGCUGAAGAAUUGCGUAAAAUAAAAGAUUCAAAUGGACAUCGUGAUAGAUAUCAUCGUGAUCAUGGACAAUGUCAUGUGUUACAUGGUCGAAUGGCAGGGUGUCGAUCAAUUUUACAACGUGAAUGUUCUGAAGAAUCAAAAUGUAAUAUUCAAAAAGAGAGUAAAAUGUUGCAGCAACCUAUUAAAAUGGCUGAAUAUCGAGCAGCAAGCCCACAACCUCCAAUUAUAACUCAUACAGCUGCAACACCUCAAGAUUCCCCAAACACCACCUUAGAACCAGGUGCUUCCUUCAAAGAAUUUUAUUUCAAUUCGUCGUUCAUUGACAGCCUUGAUUCCAUUGACAAAAGUUCCUGCACUAGCAUACCUGGAUUAUUAAAACCACCAGCCUUAAAUGGAAGAUCAUCUAGUUUAACACCCCCUACCUUAGGAUUAUUACCAACAAAACAACUUUUAUAUGAUAAACUCCCAGAAAAAGUAAUUCAAGAAUCGAAUAUUACUCCAAAACUAAUCACACAUAAUGAGAAAAAUGGUACUAGAACUACAACAUUUUCCGAAAAAGUCUACUGCCCUAUUCAAAAUAUUCAACUACAAACAGAAAAAUCAUCUAACGAGAAAAAUAAUGAGAAAAUUUUAGCAGAAAAACCAAUUGAGAAAAAUGAUAAAUGUAAAAUUCAACGAGGUUAUUCAUGGAAAAUAUCACGGCCUAGUUUACGAAAGAAUAAAUCAGGUCAAAAGAAUCGUUCUGGGUCCGAUUCAGAUGCUGUUUUAGUAUUAAAUAAUGGGCGAGAUCAUUCUCAAGGAAUUGGGAAUAGUGUUUCUCGGCAAGCUAGCUUAAAAAAUAGUGAUAAUGCAAUACGAAUACAGAAUGAUACACAAGGCGAUACGCCGAAUAAUAAAAGCACAAAAGGCAUAAGUCCACAAAAUUCGAUUCGAAGUAAAUGUUCCACGUACAGUUCCAUUCCACAGGUAGCCUGGCAACAAACAGUCCAUAGACAAAAUUCCUUAACAUCAAAUAAUUCUUCACAACCUAAAAUAUGCCCGUAUAAUACAAUUUAUCAAUACCAAGAACAACGUUUAUCCCUAACGCCAGAAAAUAAUGAUGCCAAAACAAUAAAUAAUCUUAACGAUAAAGUUAUCGAUUGUUCGCUGCCAAAAGUUAAUAAUCCAGACGAUAGUAAUAAUGCAAUAGCUACAUCGAAUGAAGAACCUAGACAAAGUAGAAAUCCCUUAAAGAAAUUAUUCAGUUUUUUAGAACCGACGGGUAUUUUUAAAGAGCGGGAAGAAUUUUCAUUAUAUCUUUUUCCCAGUGAUUGUAGGAUACGAAUAAUAUGCACAUGGCUUGUCGAACAGAAAUGGUUCGAUAAUGUGGUCUUAAUGUUUAUAGCAUUGAAUUGUAUAACGUUAGCUAUGGAGCGACCGAAUAUUCCUCCAAAUUCAGUAGAACGUCAUUUUUUAUCAACUGCCAAUUAUGUUUUCACUGUUGUGUUUGCAAUAGAAAUGUUUAUUAAAGUCGUUGACAGUGGAAUGUGUUAUGGUCCUGAUGCGUAUUUUACAUCUGGAUGGAAUAUAAUGGAUGGUUCACUUGUUAUCAUUUCUAUUAUUGAUUUACUAAUGUCCAUUAUUAGUGAGUCUAGUCCUAGAAUAUUUGGAAUACUUAGAGUAUUUAGAUUAUUAAGGUCCUUAAGACCAUUACGUGUUAUUAAUCGUGCCCCCGGUUUAAAACUUGUUGUCCAAACUUUACUAUCGUCAUUAAGACCUAUCGGAAACAUUGUAUUAAUAUGUUGCACAUUUUUUAUUAUAUUUGGUAUUUUAGGUGUACAGCUAUUUAAAGGGACUUUUUUUUAUUGUAAAGGUGACAUUACAAAAGAUGUGAGAAAUAAGACUGAUUGUACAAGCCAAGGAUUUGAAUGGGUAAAUCAAAAAUAUAAUUUCGAUGAUUUGGGCAAAGCGUUAAUGUCCCUGUUUGUACUGAGUUCACGUGAUGGUUGGGUAAAUAUUAUGUAUACUGGUCUUGAUGCUGUUGGAGUCGACCAACAACCUAUUGUCAAUUAUUCAGAAUGGAGGCUUCUAUAUUUUAUCUCUUUUAUUUUACUUGUUGGAUUUUUUGUAUUAAACAUGUUCGUUGGAGUAGUUGUUGAAAAUUUUCAUCGAUGCCGGGAGGAACAAGAAAAAGAAGAAAGAGUCCGAAGAGCAGCUAAACGUGCAUUGCAAAUGGAGAAACGUAGGCGAAGAAUGAAUGAACCACCCUAUUAUACAAAUUAUUCAAAAUGGCGAUUAUUCAUUCACAAUGUAUGCACAUCUAAAUAUUUUGAUCUAGCAAUUGCUGCCGUGAUUGGUUUAAAUGUUGUAACAAUGGCAAUGGAAUGCUAUAAAAUGCCGGAUGCAUUGGAAUAUGCAUUAAAAAUAUUUAAUUAUUUUUUCACAGCUGUAUUCAUUUUAGAAUCCGUAAUGAAGUUAAUAGCACUUGGACUCUUAUUAUAUUUAAAAGAUAAAUGGAAUCAAUUAGAUGUAUUUAUUGUUAUAUUAUCCGUUGUUGGAAUAGUUUUAGAAGAGCUACGAUCAAAAAUAAUUCCUAUAAAUCCAACUGUAUUAAGAGUAAUGCGAGUAUUGCGAAUAGCACGUGUUUUGAAAUUGUUAAAAAUGGCAAAAGGAAUUCGUGCAUUAUUAGACACUGUAAUGCAAGCGUUACCACAAGUUGGUAAUUUAGGUCUAUUGUUUUUCUUAUUAUUUUUCAUAUUCGCUGCGUUGGGAGUCGAAUUAUUUGGGCGGUUAGAAUGUUCAGAUGAAAAUCCUUGUCAAGGCUUGGGUGAACAUGCUCAUUUUUCAAAUUUUGGUAUGGCAUUCUUAACUCUGUUUCGUGUGGCAACUGGAGAUAAUUGGAAUGGUAUAAUGAAGGAUACGUUACGUGAUAAUUGCGACGAAGCUACCGAUUGUGUCAAGAACUGUUGUGUUUCCACCAUUAUUGCUCCAAUAUUUUUUGUUAUUUUCGUUUUAAUGGCGCAAUUUGUUUUAGUCAAUGUUGUAGUUGCAGUUCUUAUGAAACACCUAGAAGAAUCUCAUAAGCAUUUAGAAGAUGAAACAGAUAUGGAUUUACAAUUAGAGCGUGAAAUGCAAGAAAUACAAGAAGAACAAGAGGAACGUGAAUUAUGUCUCGCCUUACAAAUGGAAGUUGAAUCUCGAGGCAAUAUACCGCUUAAGAAAACAUUAACAAAGGUUCUAUCGUUACCAUCAAAUUUCACAUAUAAUCCACCAGAUGGAUCAUCAAAAAUUGGUAGCAGAAAUCGACGACAAAGUGUACAUGGACCUCGAUAUAAUACGAGACGACGUCAAACAUUCCAUUCUCAACAAGCGCUGUUACCAAAUAUUAUAAGUGGUCGAAAUGUUAACUACAACAAUAAAUAUGAUAAUAGCGAUUUUAAUUACAAUGAUGAAAAUAUUAUUUAUGAAAAAUCAGUUCAUAAUAUUGAACAAAUCGUACAAGAUAAUGAUAAAAUCAUUGAAGAUGUUGAGCAACUUUCAUCAGCUCCUAAAAAUAAUGACUUAAGUACGAUUAUUUCUGAGAGUAUCGAAGAAGAUGCUGAAGUGAAAAACAUCAAUGAAAAUAAGAAAACGUCUUUAUUGAAUGUCCCAUGUGUUCAAAAACCAGUGCACAAGUUAUACGGCAGCACAAAACAUUUAUUCAAACAAAAAGCAAUCGAAGAACCAGCAGAAGAAGAUGUCAACGAAGAAGAUAGUUUACUAUCUCCAAAAGAAUUAUUACCCGUACCAAUAGUUCAAAAAGCAGCUAGUGAUACAGUUUUAUUGCGCACAAAUGAAAACAAUCAUCCUGUUUUACGUAAACAACAUAGUGACACCGAAACGACAGUUGUAAUACGCCCAGAAUUAGAACCAUGUGAUCAUACUAAGCAUGCUCAAUCUGAAGAAGAUAUACAAAAAAUCAUAUCGGAACGACGGCAACAAGACGAAACAAUGAAAGAAGUGCUCCAUUUUGAUAUAUUUGAAUCACCAAAAAUUAAAAACAUUGAUACAAAUAAUUGUUCCAUAGUUCAAAAUACAGAAACUAUUAAUAGUUCCGUUAGUGAUAAUGAAGACAUUAUUAUUGAAACGCCACAAAUAGAUGAUAAUUUAAGUAGUAAUAAUAUUGAAAACGUAAGUGACAUAGAUAUUAAUAAUUUAGGUGAACAAAAUUAUCAUGACGAAGAAGCUCAUCACUGUUAA